ACGGAUUUCAUCGUUGAGAGAGAGGAGAGAGGAUAAUGUCGUUAACACUGGGAGUGAAGGGGUACCCGCCCUUCAGGCUCUCCCCUUUCCCAAAACCCACAACUCAUUCUACGCGAGCGACCUUGUCGCUGAGAAGAUUCACCACCAACUUCAGCUCUAUCUUUUCCUUCCCAAGGCGCUCGGAACAAGCGGAUGCCUUAGGCUUUGAUCCUUUGGGUCUGUAUCCAGAUUUACCUGCUGAAGGCAAUACGUCAUGGAUUGGCUUCCUAGAUGAGUAUGUAAACAGGCUAGAAGGCACUUCACGUGCAAAGCAGGAAAAGUCUUCCGCAACUAAGGGAGUAGCAGCUGCUAUUGAGGACAGUUCGAUUGACUUUGGUGACUUCUUCAAGGGCCCACUUCCUGGAAAGUUUUUGAAGCUUUUAGGAUAUUUGGCCCUUUCCAGAGUUGGAGUAUAUAUACCAUUAGGUGGAGUAAACAGAGAUGCUUUUCUUGGCAAUCUGGAUCAGAAUAGUCUUUUGAGCACGUUGGAUUCAUUUUCUGGGGGUGGAAUUGGUCGAUUGGGUGUUUGUUCACUUGGAAUUGUUCCAUUUAUUAAUGCCCAGAUUGUAUUUCAGCUACUUGCCCAACUUUUUCCUAAGCUUCAAGAACUCCAGAAGAGAGAGGGUGAAGCAGGCAGAAAGAAAAUUCUUCAGUAUACACGCUAUGCAUCAGUGGGAUUUGCAAUAGUACAGGCUAUCGGGCAGGUCCUGUAUCUACGCCCAUAUGUUAAUGAUUUCAGUGCUGAGUGGGCAUUAUCAUCUGUAAUGUUAUUGACACUGGGAGCAGUAGUUACAACUUACAUUGGAGAAAGGAUUUCAGACCUGAAACUGGGAAACGGGACAUCACUUUUGAUCUUCACAAAUAUUAUCUCAUACUUGCCAGCUUCCUUUGGAAGGACCGUCGCGCAGGCCCUUCGGGAUGGAAAUUAUGUUGGGCUUACUGCUCUGAUUAUCUCAUUUUUCCUCUUGGUUCUCGGUAUUGUUUAUGUCCAGGAAGCUGAAAGGAAAAUACCUUUAAACUAUGCAUCUAGGUAUAGUAUCAGAAGCGGAGGUCUUCAAAAGUCUGCUUAUCUUCCUUUUAAGGUGAACAGUUCAGGAGUUAUGCCUAUCAUUUUCUCGACCUCAUCUUUGGCUUUGCCUGGUACCUUAGCACGCUUUACUGGGAUAGCUGCACUGAGAAAAGCUGCAGUUGCUUUCAAUCCAGAAGGUGCUCUGUAUCUUCCGACAAAUAUCCUACUGAUUGCAUUCUUCAAUUACUACUACACAUUUCUUCAAUUGGAUCCAGAUGAUGUGAGUGAGCAAUUGAAGCGUCAAGGUGCAUCUAUACCACUUGUGAGGCCUGGAAAAAGCACGGCUACAUUUAUUAGGACUGUUCUCAGCAGAAUAUCUGUUCUGGGUUCUUCCUUUUUAGCAGUGAUGGCUGCUGGCCCUGCCGUGAUUGAACAGGUGACACAUCUUACAGCCUUCCGUGGGUUCGCUGGGACAUCCGUUCUCAUACUUGUGGGGUGUGCAACGGAUACAGCCAGGAAAGUUCAGGCAGAGAUCAUUUCCCAAAAGUACAAGAAUAUUGAGUUCUAUGAUAUUAACAAUAGCUUGUGAAGUCCCUGCGUUUAAAUUGCUCUUGGUGCCUCUAAUAUGAAAAAGGCUACUCCAUGCAAGAGGCCACGCGUUACGCCUCUACUUUGGCAACUUCUGUAAGUUGAAUUUCACAAAGAUGAAGUUAUUGUAUAUCCUCAGUCUAUCAUGUUAACACCAAUUAGAAAUUCAUUUAUUAACAAUUCUUUGUUAGCUA